ACAAAAUAUUUGACAAGUAAUUUGUUGACAUCAUUCAUUGAAAAUAUCUGCAAUUUUACAAUUCUUGUUCAGUUACCGCUUACAAACUUAACCAACAAUGGAGGCAUUAGAUUUACUUGAAAAGCGUAUUGAUACACUAUCACGAAUGUUGGGUCCGCUUCCCGACGAAGGAAACACAGCUUCUGCAAGUGCUGGCGAUUCAAACAAACCACCAACCGCACCCGAUACAGUAGUCGACUCAUUGCUAACAGUGAAUAGUAUGUUAAGUGGGGUUAUUGGUAACCGUGAACAAAUUGCAAAAACAAUUGCUCGUGCUCCUGAACUUGAAAAAUAUUUGGAUCCGAAUUUCUUAGAAGAGAAUCAACAAGUUCGUUCAAAAGAAGUAUAUUUAAAUGCUAUAGCCCCAGACUUACAUUCACAAUUCGAGCAGUUGGAUCGUGUAAAACAACUUGAACCGACAUUAGGCGCUGAAUACUUCCGCAGUAUACCAGGCGAAUGUACCGAAAAAUUGAAACAGCAUUCACAAGAUAACGCUGAGUUCGCCCACCAAGCCGAGUUAAUAGAGGAAAGUUUAAUUUUGGCUAUGAAACGGUACGGGGAAAUACAAACCGGACUUUUGGAAUCGCUUGGAUCCAUGAAUAAACGACUGGAAGCGAUAGAAGAAAAAAUGGAUCAAAAAAAGCGGGCCGAAGCUGAAAAAGAACUACCCUCUCCAAAACAGUGAACACUUUAGUCUAAUUCGAAUUCGUAUAUUUUUAAGUUUCAAUGGGCAGAAAUUUAAGUUCAUAGAUAUGUAUUAACUUGUAUUUUAUAUGUAGCGUUUAUUCUGAUUAUUUCUAAGUCCAUGUCCUUUGCUCUGUCAUAAAUAUUAUUGCUAAUUUCGAACAAUUAUUAAUUUGGCAAAAACUA